UUUGUCUCUCUCCGGUGUCUCUUUUUUCUUCAACACAUUCUUCAAGUACCCUUUGUAUUGUUUAUGUCAUUGAAAACCAUAUAGCCAUAACCAUGGACUACACAACUUGGCCUGAAUCACAGCAAAACCAAACCCCACUAUCCUCUUACCCACCUUCUGUACCCUCAUCGUAUCCUCAACCAUCAUCUUUCACUACCCAGUAUCCCUCUUACCCUCAAAACCCUAACCCUUCUUCAUCUAUCCCUCAAUCUUCUCUUGUAACCCAUGGUGGCACUCUUCUGGAACCAGGGCUCAACCCUCCUGGGGUUGAUUCCUAUGCCCCAUUGAACUCCAAUCCUAAUAUCAUUACUCAUCUGGGUCAUGAAGGCCUUCCCAAUUUCUUGUAUGGUCACACUCACAGCCAUGUGGUUGAUUCGAGCUCGUUGGUGGCAUCUUCUGGGUACUACUUGGAUCCCAAUACCCAGAAUUGGGCUGCUAGGGAGGCUGUUAGGCAGUAUGGUGCAAACCCUGUUAGCCAUGGAGCUGGCAUCUCUGUACCAUCAGAUGGCUCGGAACAACUGGCUUUUGCAAAUCCUAACUCCACAUUGUGGACAAAUACGACAACUAAACCUCAUGGCAAUGGAAUAUGGAAGAAACACCUAAAGAAAGCUAAAACUAAGAUUGUGCAAUCUGCAUAUUGUGAAGUUUGCAAGAUAGAUUGCACCAGUAAGGAUGUACUGGACCAGCAUAAAUUAGGAAAGAAGCACAAGAAGAACUUGGAGAAACUAAGAGAAUCAUUGAAACCAACUCAAGUUCAUCCAUCUGGGUCAUCUAAUCCUGUUAUAGGACCACAAGUACAUAAUGACAAGAGCAAAUCUGACAGUGGGCAGAAGAGUAAGAGGAAAACAGUUGAAACUCCAGAGGAUUUGGAGAAAAAGAAGAAAAAGGUUCUUGAAGGGGGGGCAGCAGCUGAAGCAGUUAGAAUAUGUGCUAUAUGUAACGUCGUGUGUAAUAGUGAGACGGUUUAUAAUUAUCAUCUUUCAGGGCAAAAGCAUGCUGCCAUGGUGAAGAAAGCAUCUGACCAUACACGAUCCAAUACCAGUUGAAUUUUUCCCUUUUAUUUCUUAAGGAACAUUACUUUUCUUUUUGUGACAUUGUUUUAACAUCUCCACUCAGCAUUUUAAUAGAAUAUCCGUUGCUUAAUUUUUAGUUUUAUAUGACAGUUGGUUGAGUAUAUAGUAUAUACACUUUUGCAUUGUUUGAGCAAAUGAGAUGCAUCAGACCUUCAGUUGUCUCUG